AUGACCGAUACGCCAUCCUUUCCAUUACCCCUCGAUUCCCGCGAACAAGACAUUCUAGAAAAUCUACGCCACUUGCGUGAUGAAUUGACACUAUUAAAGCAAGAUCGUUCAACAUAUAUUAAGUCUGCAGAUGUUAUUUCAAUCUAUGAUAGAACAGUGGAGCAAGUACAUUUUCUCAACGAAAUUCGGAUAACCAAGCCGACGGAGCAAAACCAAGUUGAUCGAAUGCUAGACUGUUGCUUUCAAUUAUUGUCUUUAUUUUUUAUGACAAUUGGAAGAAACAAUGAGGCACCGGCAGCGUAUGCUCUAACAUCGACUAUUAAGCGCUUGUUAGAUCAUUUGACUGAGGCAGAAAUAUAUUCAGCCAAAGAUCUCUCGCACAUCUCUUCAACUCUCGAGAAGCUUCAAACUGUAGUUGAAAAUUCAGAUGAAUCACAUUCACAGAAUCUGAUUACUUUGCUCACAAAUCGAAUUAAUCUCUGCAAAAAUUCAUUAUCCAGCCUGAAAAUUCGCCUAUCAUAUCUUGAUGAUGAAUUACUAACAGUACAUGAAAAGUUGAUAUCUAUUUUGAGGCUGCUAUCUUCAGCUAACACAAGAAAAGUAUUUUCUAAGACUGAGGUUGAAAAGCUUCAAUAUCAACUCAGGGAAAUCAAAAAAAAUAAGAAAAUCGAAAAUUUUACAAAUCCCAUAGAUAAAGCACCUCGAGGAAGAGAGGAAAUUUUUUUUCUUGUUGAGAAAUGCUCCAUUUGGGCUGAUAUUACUCUUGAACGCACAGUAAUACUAUUUAGCAAAGGAGAGAUUCCAGAGGGAUUUAAUACGACCUACCUAUCACUAGUAGAUAUCCGGAAUGAACUCGCAAAGCUAUCUCUAACCCAAGCGUGGUCACUGCGGGAAACCGACUUGUACGAUUAUCAAAGGCAACUUGAUAAAAUUGAUGAGAGCCGGAUCAACGGGAAUUUUUACAGUAUCGAAGGAAAUGCCGCAGACUUAUACGUGCAAAGGACUUUCUUAUACCUAAUUCGGCGUAGCUAUGCUUACAUUUAUUAUCUCAUGGUCGCAUCUGAACCAGUAUCGGAAGGCCUUCUCCCAGUGUACAAUCAACUUCAAACAUUGAGAAGAUGUCUCAGAGAAGUAAAGAAGUCAGGUGGGGUCGGCUCUCCGAGAGAAUUGUAUCCGUACACGAUGAAACUUGACUCACUUGACAGCUUGCGAACUAACGGCAAGUUCCUCGUAGGAAACGAAAUUCCUGAUGGACAAGAAUGCGUGAACAAUCUUUUGUCAGAGUGCUGCGACCUUCGACACCAAUUGCAGUUAGAGGCAGAAAAGGUCGCUGAACGGAAACCUUAA